AAACAUGAUGAUAUGAUAUUGAUAUCUUAUUAAAAACAGAAGUUUCCUCACAAAAACAUAAUUUAUUAAAAUGAAACAAAUGCAUAGUCCUGCGAAGUAAGUAAGGUAACUACCAUGGGCGUCUACCUCAGCCCGGUACUCUCAAGUUUGAAAACACUCAUGUGGUUCUGUCCCGAAGUAAUUCUAUCCAGUUGUUGGCGAGAAAAUUGUAUAUGUAACAUUAAGAAACUACCGUCGAUAGACAUACGUGGCGGGCCAACUUACCACACUGACACAUUCCUAGUACCCUUGUGUGUGGUCAAUCAUGAAGUGUGUCUGUUGUACACCAAGAGAUCUGAUGUCAUGCCUUGCUCCGGCACCAAGGUCACAUUCCCUGGCGGUGGCAAAGUACUCAGAGACGAAACAGUUUACGAAGCAGCUGCAUAUCACACGUACGUAGAUAUCGGCAUUCGUGACAUCAAAUUUUGGACCAAAAUGGGACAAGUUUUAAGCCGAGGACCUAAUAUAGCAGUCACUCCUGUUAUUGGUGAACUAACAAACUUUAACAUGUCUAAGGUGAAAGCAAAUGAAAAUAUAGCAGAUGUGUUCACAGUUCCUUUGAGAUUACUCUGCGACCCUUUCAAUCAUGGUCACUGCAGGUACGAUGGAGUGGUAGUGCCUGUGUACGCCGGCGGGAAGUACCACAUCUGGGGCAUCACUGCUAUGAUCACUCACAGAUUUUUGUAUGCCCUCCUAUCUAGAGAAUUUUAUAAUCCUCAUUUUUUUAGAAAUGAAAUGAAGUUUCGUCUAAUGAAACCGUAA